UCAUGGCGGAUAAAGCGCAAAUACAGGAGGCGAUAAAAGUUCAAGGGGAGGUGGUGCGAAAACUUAAAGCAGAAAAAGCCAAUAAGGAACAGUGCUAGGGUCGCUCACCACUUUUCUCCUGUUCUUCCUGCUUGCUGCUGCGGUUCCUCCGUAUUUCUUCUGUCAUCAUCAUCAUCAUCAUUGGUGUCCUCGUCAUCUUCCUCUCCUGAUCACUUGGAUCCUGCGCGUGAUGUCCUGCUCCUGAACUUUGGUCCGACUGCGUUUGGAAAAUGGCCACCCUCGGCUUGGCAUGUGUGCGUCUCUGUGCUGGACUGACGGGACGCCGGGCUUCACCGUGGCUCCGCCCCCUGCGCUGCCUUUCUGGGAUGACUGUAUCACAGAUCGAUGAAGAAGUUGCCAAACUGUUAGAGUUGAAGGCUCGGCUCGGAGGAGACGAUGGCAAACAGCUGUUUGUUCUUAAGACAGCAAAGGGGACCAGGGACUACAACCCCAAACAGAUGGCCAUCAGAGAGAAGGUCUUCAACAUCAUCAUCCACUGCUUUAAACGCCAUGGUGCUGAGACCAUCGACACCCCUGUCUUUGAGCUCAAGGAAACGCUGACGGGGAAGUACGGUGAAGACUCCAAACUCAUCUACGACCUGAAAGACCAGGGAGGAGAGCUGCUGUCUCUCCGAUACGACCUCACCGUUCCUUUUGCUCGCUACUUGGCCAUGAACAAGAUCACGAACAUCAAACGCUAUCACAUCGCCAAGGUGUACCGCAGAGACAACCCCGCCAUGACCCGGGGCCGUUACCGAGAGUUCUACCAGUGUGAUUUUGAUAUUGCAGGACAGUAUGACCCGAUGAUCCCUGAUGCAGAGUGUUUGAGAAUCGUUUAUGAGAUCCUGAGUGAGCUGGACCUGGGCGACUUCUGCAUUAAGGUGAAUGACCGGCGCAUUCUGGACGGGAUGUUUGCAGUGUGCGGCGUUCCAGAUGAGAAAUUCCGCACCAUCUGCUCGACUGUGGACAAACUGGAUAAGAUGCCAUGGGAGGAUGUGAAGAAUGAGAUGGUGAAUGAAAAAGGCCUGUCUGAGGAUGUGGCUGAUCAGAUCGGGGAGUACGUCAGCAUGAAGGGAGGACUGGAUCUGGCAGAGAGGCUGCUGCAGGACCCAAAGCUUUCCCAGAACAAGCAGGCGUGUGCCGGCCUCACCGACAUGAAACAGCUGUUUGGUUACCUGCAGCUCUUCCAGGUCACGGAUAAGGUGGUGUUUGAUCUGAGUCUGGCACGUGGCUUGGACUACUACACCGGUGUGAUCUACGAGGCUGUGCUGUGUCAGACGCUGCAGCCCCCCACGCCGGCAGCCGCAGAGCAGAACGGAGCUGUGCCUGGGGACGAGGCGGGGGUGAGCGUGGGCAGCGUGGCAGGCGGAGGGCGCUACGACGGACUGGUGGGCAUGUUCGACCCCAAGGGGAGGAAAGUCCCCUGUGUAGGCGUCAGCAUCGGCAUUGAGAGGAUCUUCUCCAUAAUGGAACAGAAAGCAGAGAUGUCUGCGGAGAAAAUCCGCACCACAGAAACGCAGGUUCUGGUGGCCUCCGCACAGAAGAACCUUCUGGAAGAGAGACUCAAACUGACCACUGAGCUGUGGAACGCAGGAAUUAAAGCUGAAGUGCUGUAUAAAAAGAACCCGAAGCUGCUGACUCAGCUGCAGCACUGUGAGGAGACCGGCAUCCCCCUGGUGGCCAUUUUGGGAGAACAGGAGCUCAAAGAUGGAGUCGUCAAGCUGCGCAACGUGGCCAGCCGAGAGGAGGUGGAUGUGUCCAGGGCAGAACUGGUGGAAGAAAUCAAGAAGCGGACGUCACAAGCCUAAAUAGAGAUGCACUUAUUUAUCAUGUACCAAUACACCCUCCGUGGGUCUGAGAGUCCAGUCGCAACUUUUUACAUGUACCCACAAUGUGUUACUCUAUCAUGUCUAUUUCCUGCCUGUAAUAAAUAAACCUGAUCAGGUCAAACAUGCCAAAUAAAUAUGAUGUUCUA